UGUUGUUGCCGGGAAGGGAAACAUCUUGAGGUCUGGAAGAUUCUUCCGUUCAAAAGAAAGUACGACUAAAAAGCUCAUUUAAUACCAAUAUUUGCACUUUAAUAAUUUAUCUUAUCUGCAAAUAUCGAAAGGUUUUACAGUUUACUGGCUUUUGAUUUAUUCAUUUAUUUGUCAUACGAGGAUGAGCAGUUCAGAGGAAGUGUCUUGGAUUUCAUGGUUUUGUGGGCUCCGUGGAAACGAGUUCUUCUGUGAGGUGGAUGAAGAUUAUAUACAAGACAAGUUUAACCUGACUGGUCUAAAUGAACAAGUUCCACAUUACCGGCAAGCUCUAGACAUGAUCCUAGAUAUGGAACCAGAUGAUGAACUAGAAGAUAAUCCAAAUCAGAGCGACUUAAUCGAACAAGCUGCAGAGAUGCUGUAUGGACUGAUUCAUGCUAGAUAUAUCUUGACUAAUAGAGGCCUGGCACAGAUGCUUGAGAAAUACCAAAAUGGAGACUUUGGUCAUUGUAGUAGAGUAUAUUGUGAAAACCAACCAGUAUUACCAAUAGGCUUAUCAGAUGUGCCAGGAGAGGCUAUGGUAAAACUGUAUUGUCCAAAAUGUAUGGAUGCAUACACCCCUAAAUCUUCAAGACACCAUCACACAGAUGGUGCAUAUUUUGGUACUGGUUUCCCUCACAUGCUGUUUAUGGUACACCCAGAAUACAGACCCAAGCGUCCUGCCAAUCACUUUGUUCCAAGAUUGUUUGGAUUCAAGAUUCAUCCCAUGGCUUUCCAGAUCCAGCAACAAGCAGCGGCACAGCGUGGUAGAUCCUCCUCAGCCAGGCCACGCUCAACAAAACCACACUAUAAAUAAAUAACUACCAACAUUGUUAAAUGAUAAUAUGAAACUUUGAAAGAUUAGAAUUCCUCCUUUCUUAUCUGGUUAUACACAUAGAAAUAUAUCGGAAUUAUAAAUUGUACACAAAGAAAGUCUAAAAUGAAUUAGUGUAAGAAUGUUUUGCUCGUAUCCUUGGAUCCUGUUUACUCUUGUUUGUAUUGCAAACCUUAUUUGAGUAUUUUAUCUUUUGACCACAAAUUUGAAUUCCAGAUUUGAAAUGGUUAAUAUUAAGAACGGAUAAUAGCCAUUAAAAUCCCUGGAUUAACCAUUAAAAUACCUUGAAUUUCAUUUUCACUAAAAAUAUUUUCUAUCAUAUUUUGUGUUUCAUGGGUUUAUUGAUUUAUUAUCCAACUAUACUCGGCAGAGUAUAAAUAUUGCAUGAGAAAGCCUGAUGUGAGUACAAAAUAUCUUGCGAUAUUUAUACUCUACGAUAUUUUGUACAGAAUAAUAAAAUAUAAUUAUUCCACAAGGAGAUAAUUCAAGGUAUUUUUAUUAAAAACUUUAUUUGUUUAUGUUGAGAUGUGUCAAUAAGUUUUUAAACUUUGUUAAAGUCACAACACCAUUGCCACAAUCUUGUAUUUCUUUAUGAAACAUUGUCCAGUAGGAGUAUAGUACUCUAGCCUUUAUAUAUUUAAUAAUAAUGCUACUUGAUAAUGUUUGAUCCAUAGAAACAUCAGAAAUUUGCAUCUCGUCUAUCUCGUUAAAUAUAUGUUUUUCUCUUUCACUUCUUUUAUGUACAUUGUUUGCUUAUUAUUGCUGGGCUUGUUUAUACUAGUAUAACAAUGAUAUUUAACAUGGAAUAAACUAAAAUAACCAAG